AUGGCUUAUCAGUUUCCAAAACACAUUCUUGAAGAAGGAGCUGAGACUCAGAUUGAUAAGAUUAACAAAACCUGUAGACGUACGAUUCUUGAAACGGUGAAGGGUGUUCUCAAGGAUGAGUAUGAAGAAGUAUUGAAAGACCCGGUCUUCGGUCCGAUUCUGGCAAUCGUAGAAAAUAAGCUCAUUUACUCCGGGAAGAUUAUUCACAGCUUCAUAUGCAAGCAGCUCAAGGUUUCCAAGCUCCACGAGUUGUGGUUUCUGUUCGCAAAGCGGCCUCUCAGGUUUUCUAUGCAAGAAUUUCAUGCCGUGACUGGUUUGAAGUUCAAAGAUGAACCGGAGAUAGACUUCAUUAACUGGAAGGAUGAUAAGGGGGUGAGGCUAGUAUAUCUGUGUAUUAUACAUGGAUUCAUCAUGGCUAAGGAUUGGAAAGUGUCUAUCCCUCAAGAAUACAUCCGUUUGGUGAUGGAUUUUGAGAAGUUGAGGAUGUAUCCUUGGGGUCUUCGCGCGUAUGAUGAGCUGCUUGCAUCAAUAUUCAGAGCAAGGGAAGAUUUGCAUCUGAAGAACAGUUACGUGUUGGAUGGAUUCUCAUAUGCGUUUCAGAUAUGGAUUAUGGAGGCAGUCCCAGACAUUGGUACUAUGGGAGAGCUGUUUCCCUUUAUAUCUAAUACUGGGAACAAUGAUGUGGUUGAUGAUGCUGCGUUCAUUAGGGAAGAUGAGAAAAAGGAUGAAAGAGUUGGUCAAGAAGAUGUUGAAGUCGAAGAUGUCACAGAGGAACCGUCAGUUAUUGCAGAGGAACCGACUGUUGUUGCAGAGGAACCAAUUGUUGUUACGAAAAGGGGCAAGCGCAAGCUUAUUGAUCCAGGUGUCGAGUCUCAAAAGAAACAACUGCUUUGUCAACGGGCGGCUGAGCAUAACAGUGGUGUCUCCGGUGAUCUGAAGACCUUCAUUGAAGGUUUGUUCACCUCUUCUUUCAACUCUUUAAAGGAGCUGGUGAAAAAGGACAUUCAAGAGCGUUUUGACAAGGUCCAUAAUGAGAUGGCUCAACUCAAGGAAACGAUGUCUCAAGUUACGGGUCCUUCACAUACAGAGGGAAAAACCAGAGCAUCUGAGAUUCCGGGUCCUUCACAAUCAGAGGGGAAAGACCAAGACAAAUCAUCACAGAGUCCGGGUCCUUCAGCAACAAAGGGAAAAGCCAAUGGCAAGGCAGCUGAGAGUUUGCCUCCUCCCGCGGUUCAUCGUAGCCCUAGGCCAGUAAGAAAGUUUGACACGGCUGAUGUUCAAAAUUCUGAAGACGACAUGAUGGAUUUUUUGAAGAAUUUGUCACAAUCAUCAAACAUCAAAGUAGAAAUGGAGACCCAAGAGUACUUACAAGAUGCCAUGGGAAACCUUUCUCAAUCAUCAUAUGUUAAAGGUUUCGAUCCAUCACAAAAACUCAAUGGCGAAGAACCAGCUGAAUGCGUUACUCUACUGACUUCAUUUAAGCCUGCGGAUUGGAGACCACCUACUCUCAAAGAUAUCGACUUACAUGAGGAUCAGGUGAAUGAUAGCGAUUACUCACUAGUGUUUGUCCCUGAGGAUUCAUGGGCCAAACUGAUUAAGUGUUCCUCAACUUUCAUGCAACUGAAAAUUGGACCUUCUAUGUUCACAAGUGAGUUAGCAGCACGUGUCAUGGGACCUACAGAGUGGUUGUUGAAUAAUGAAAUUGAUGCUAUGAUGUACUUAUUCACUGAGAGGACUUCCUUGCGACGAUGGGAACCAACUAAAGUAGCAUUCAUGAUCUGCAUGUUAAGUAAUCAAAUGAAGAACUCUUUCGAAGAGUUUCGGAAGGACAAGAAGAAAUUCAAAGUAUCAGAACUGCUUCACCAGUACGGCAUUGGUGAACUUCCAGCACACGGACGAACAAGACUAAUGUGGGAUCUUGACGUUACACGCAUGUUUGUGCCUCUAAAUGUUGGUAAACACUGGAUCUCUAUGUGUGCCAACUUUGUUUCUCGUUCAAUAGAGGUCUUUGACUGUGAGGGAUUGAAAUACAACAAGGAAGUGGAGCCAUUUGCCAUUCUCAUCCCUCGAAUUAUCAAAGCUGUUCAGUCUUCAAAGAAUCGGCAGCAAGUGAAGGUCAAGCAAUAUACUGUCAGUUACGCCCCAAUUCCCUACUUACUAAACAAGAGUAGCAGUGAUUGUGGAGUAUAUGCCUUGAAGCACAUUGAAUGUCAUCGUCUAGGCUUGGACUUCUCCUUGGUGAAUGACAACAACAUUCGAGAAGCGCGCCAAAAGAUUGCUUACGACCUAUGGGAAGCUGCCAAUGAUCCUGUGCUUAUUUCGAGAAUGACACAAUACACUCCUCCAAAGACGAUUACAAAUCCUCUUGUGGAACUUUAA